AUGAUCGAGUCCGCCAUCACCACCGCAAUUGCGGCUGGAAAAGUACCAGUUGGUAUCACGGCUGACUAUCUCAUGGAAAAUAGAGAUGCUAGCUCAAUUGGCGGAAUGCUGGCCGUUGCGGUCCUGGCUCUCUUGAUUGUCUGCGCUCGUCUGUAUGCGCGCCUCUCCAUCUCGUCAUUCGGACUCGAUGACUCUCUAAUUAUCUUUACUGCCGUCAUCUACGUAACCUUUAUCGGUCUCGGCAUACAACUCCUCAAAAUGGACUCUGGCCGACAUAUUGAAUAUAUUCAAUAUGUCAUGUCAAACGAAGUCGCCAAUAAAACACAAGUGUAUGAUUUCGUUGCGCAUCUCAUAUACACGACUGCUCUCUACGUGUGCCGCAUCUCUGGUCUCGUCUUUUACAAGCGCCUGUGCGACCGACACAACACCCUCCUGCUCUGCGUCAGGGCCGCCUUCGUCUUCAUGACUGUUGCGUACAUCCCGCAAAUGUUCCUCAUCAUCUUCCACUGUCUACCCGUCACCGGCUUAUGGCCGUAUGGUUGGCAACCCGAGCUUGACAAGUUCAAAUGCAUGCCCUGGGGCGUCGUCUACAUCACGAACUCAAGCAUCAGUCUUGUGAGCGACUUGGUGGUAUUUGCGAUUCCAGCCGCCUUGGUUAGUAUGUUCAGGGCCAGUCUUAUGAUGAAGUUGAAAUUGAGUUUGGUCUUAUUUCCCGGUGUAAUUGUCAUUGUAAUAUCUUGUGUUCGGUUAUACCUCGUCUUGGAGGGGUUAGUCGCCAUCGAUAUCUCCUGGCCGUAUGGGCCCAUGUUAGCAAUUGAAUCCGCCGAGAUUAGUGCCACGAUGAUUGCUCUGUCUGUCCCCGCUCUAAAACCUCUAUUUGGCAGCCUAUUCGCCAAGUUUACAAACUCCUACGAGAGCAAGAGUAAGGGAAAUGGCAACUCGGUCGCACUGAGUGGGCGAUUGGGGCAUAGCCAUAAAAGGUUAAAAGAUGGUGGCGCCAUUGGGAGUUUGAACGCGUAUCAACAGGCUGCCAGCGAGACUACUAUUCGUGGUGGAAAAGGCAACCAGCAGACGGGUAGUGAUGAUGACCUUCUCAUGGGAUCGGGCCCGAAUCGAGACAAAAGUGUUAGAGUUACCACGACAGUCAAGCAUGACACGAGUUAUAAACGUUGA